AUGAAAAGUAUUAAAUUAAUAAAUUUAGUUUAGAAUUGAAAAAUUAGAAAUUGUAAAUCGAGAUUAAAGAGAGGUUUUUAUAUUUACAUAUGCUAAGAUUAAAAAAAUGGAAACAGAAUGCUUAAUAUGAAAUUGAGAUUAAUAACAAAUUAUUGAUCUUGAUAAUAAGAAAUUAAAACUUGAAAGGAUAUCAAGCAGUAAAUAAAGAAAAAUAAAAUUAAGUGUAUAAAAUGAAUAAAAAAAUAAGAGAUGAAGUAAAUAAAAUGACAGAUAAAAAUUUACAAUGUAAAUAUCAAAAUAUGAUAUUAACUAAAUAAAUUUAGAAGUUAAUUUUACAAGAGUUAUAAUCAGAAGAUUAAUAUACAGAUUUAAUAGCGAUUGAAAUGAAAUCGCCUUAUAGAAAUACUCUUAGAAAAUUGCAAAUUAUGGUAAACCAGAUAAAAAAAGUAUUAGAUAUGAUUUUAAUACAAAAGACAAGAUCAAUUAGAAAAUAUUGA